CAACAUAAUGAUAAUUAUGAAAACUCUUGACAGCUGACUUCUGUAAGCAAUCCAUUAUUUUUUGAUAGCCCAUAUGAAUAGCUUGGUGUCUGUAGGACAGAAACAUUUUAUGACACAUUCUAUAGUAAGUUGUCAUUCUGAUUUUUUACUUCCAGGAGUGUGUGGAGAAACUAAAUUUACGAAAUAUGGAGUCUAUAUCAAUGGACGGGCCAAACGUAAAUUGGAAGUUCUUUGAACUCCUUCAGCAAGAACAUAUGGAGCAGUUUGGAGGAUCACAGCUUGCUGUUGUUGGAAGUUGUGGACUCCACACUCUGCACAAUGCCUUCAAAUGUGACUUUGCAAAAUCAUGUCAGAUAGACAAACUGUUGAAGGCUUUACAUUCACAGUUUAAUUGUGCUCCAGCAAGAAGAGAAGACUUUUGUUAUGUGACCAAUUCUUCUAUAUUCCCUUUACACUUCUGUGGUCAUCGUUUGCUGGAGAACUUACCAGUGGCUGAGAGAGCUGUGGAGAUUUGGCCAUCCAUGGAGACAUAUGUUGAUGCGGUCAAAUCUAAGAAAAUUCCAAACCCUGGAUCGUCGUCCUUUGACACCAUUGGCACAGCAUGGGAGGACCCCUUGAUACUUCCAAAGCUUCAUUUCUUCAUGGCUGUGUCAAGGACCUUUCAACCAUUCUUGGAGAAGUAUCAAACUGAUCAGCCGGUCAUGCCUUUCUUACACAAAGACUUAACUGAAUUACUGAAGAAUCUUCUAAGGCACUUUGUCAAAAAAGAGCUACUGGACGUCUCCGCAGUUAAACUUGCCAGAUUAGAUGCAACUGAUGUGCAGACCUGGGUCCCUCCUAAAGAUGUUGACAUUGGAAUAGGUGUGUGGCAGGGCAGAGGGCAGGGCCAGGUCGUGAUUCUGCACGCCCGGCCCCUAAUCAGGCUGAUCAAGCCCGAGAGGGAUAAAGGCGACCAGAGACGGCAGUGCGACAGAGAGAGAAUUACAGGCAGCUGACCUGUGAUACAAUAACCCAGCAGUUUGGCAGUCUACUUCAUCUUAAAGCCAAAGACGAGUCUUUUGUCUCUUUCUGUCCCAUGAACAAAUGGCUUGAUGAAUUUUUACAUGGUGUCAUCUGUGGAUCUUACAAUGAGCUUUGGAGCUUCUGCAAAAAAAAAGUCCUCCUUUUGUCUCAUGGACAGGCAAUGGUCGAAAGGGGUUUUUCUGUAAACAAGGAAGUGGAAACAUACAACAUGAAGGAAGACACAGUGGUUAUGCACAGGCUGAUCUGUGAUUAUGUCAGGGUAUCAGGUGGAAUUUUGAAUAUGCCUUUAUCAAAAGAGUUACUGAAUGCAGCUAAAUCAGCAAGAUCAAGAUACAGAAUCCACCUGAAUGAAGAGAGAAAGAGAAAAGCCAAUGAACUGCAAUGUCAAAAGAGGAAGGCAGCAGAGGAAGACAUUCAGCAACUGAAGAAAAAAAAAAAACAUUGGUUGAUGUUUGUUCAUCUCUGGAAAAGGUGCUGAAGAGGCAGAAAGGAAGUCCGGAAGUCAAAUGGCACAGCUCAUUAGCAAAUCAAAUGCACUGCGGAGACGGUUGAAAGAUAAGCAGAAGGAAAAGGAGGAUUUGGAAGAAGAAAUUGCAAAGAAAGUUGUUCAACUUGGACACAUUAAGUAAUGUUUUGGUCCAAAAUAUUCUAAUUAUUCUCAGUAUUUGCAAUGCUGAUGGAUUUGGGCAUUCUUUUGUCAUCAAAAGAAAGAAAACUAGCCUUUGUUUAUAGUUUGUGGUCAUUUCAAGGACAAGAGAUUUGAACUGAAGAAUCAGAGGGAGGUUCUUAAGAAAAGAGAA